AGAAAGCGCACUCGCGGUGUUGGGAACUGGAUGGAGCGGAUUGAAGUGGGCAGUUUAGUUAUAAGAAGUGGAUUUUGACAGCGGAUCUCGGGUUUUUGUCGGCAGGCUACGGCGUUUCCUACUGGAUCUUACAGCGUGGCCACAGCAAAAACCAAUAUUAUCUACAAGAAACGUAGCUGGAAUGCGCUAAUAUGGAAACCAAACCGUUCUUGUCUCUAGCUACAGUUUGUAAAAAAGAGGACCGCUAGAGGGCGCACGAUCAAAACAACAACAAUGGCGUAGCUUGAUGACGCUGUGAAGGAGCGUGGAAUGAUGGGAUCUGUUGUCUUCAACUCCACCGCUGAUGGCCAUCAAUCAGACGGAAACGAGAAAUCAUGUUAGCAGAUGAGGGCUCCUGAAAAACGCGUGCUCGGGAGCGCCGCCAUGUAUGCGGAGCCGGCCGGGCGAUGCUGGCAGUUCGCCCGAUGGGUGCUCUGGCUUCACAGGCAUGUAUCCACUGCAACAGCGCAGGAUAUCCACAGACUCCUCUGGUCAGCUCUUGUCAUCCCCUCUGAACUCCUCCAUGGGUCAUCGGGGUAUCGGCAGUCACUCUCUCCACCCUCCACUGCUCAGCCCCUCCGCCGUGAGCUCCAGCCCGGGUCAGCUUCACUCGCCCAUCAGCACCCUCAGCUCGCCCAUCAACGGCCUGCCCUCACCCUUCCCCGUCAUCAGCUCGCCCAUGGGUCACCCUUCCAUGAGCGGCGGCCCGUCCUCCAACAGCAUGGCCUUCAGACCGAGCCUCAGUCCGCAGCUCAGCUCGCCCAUGAAUGCUAUCAGUAGUUCGGAGGACAUGAAACCCCCUCUGGGUCUGAACGGGGUGAUGAAGUUCCCGGCGCAGCCCAUGGGCACGUCCCUCUCCCUCACCAAACACAUCUGUGCCAUCUGCGGCGACCGCUCAUCAGGUAAACACUACGGGGUGUACAGCUGUGAAGGCUGUAAGGGAUUUUUUAAGAGAACGGUGAGGAAGGACUUGACGUACACGUGCCGGGACAGCAAAGACUGUUUGAUCGACAAGCGCCAACGCAACCGCUGUCAGUACUGCCGAUAUCAGAAGUGUUUAGCCAUGGGAAUGAAGAGAGAGGCAGUUCAGGAGGAACGACAGCGGGGAAAGGAGAGGAGCGAGGGCGAUUUCGGCAGCUGUGCCAACGAGGACAUGCCCGUGGAGAAGAUUCUGGAAGCCGAACUGGCAGUGGAACCAAAGACUGAAACCUACGUGGAGGCCAACCUGACUAUGCCUGCCAACUCUCCAAACGACCCUGUAACUAACAUCUGUCAGGCAGCUGACAAGCAGCUCUUUACCUUAGUGGAAUGGGCAAAGCGGAUACCUACCUUUUCUGACCUCCCAUUGGACGAUCAAGUCAUCCUCCUGCGAGCAGGAUGGAAUGAACUCCUGAUAGCUUCUUUUUCACACCGUUCCAUAGCUGUGAAAGACGGGAUAUUAUUAGCAACAGGCCUUCACGUCCAUAGAAAUAGCGCACACACUGCCGGCGUGGGAGCUAUCUUUGACAGAGUGCUGACGGAGCUUGUGUCAAAGAUGAGAGACAUGCAGAUGGACAAGACUGAACUUGGAUGCCUGCGGGCCAUUGUUCUGUUCAAUCCAGAUUCAAAAGGCCUGUCUAAUCCAGCAGAGGUGGAAGCCUUACGGGAAAGAGUGUAUGCCUCUUUAGAAGCCUACUGUAAACAGAAAUACCCUGAUCAACCUGGAAGAUUUGCCAAGCUCUUACUGCGCCUGCCCGCCUUGCGAUCCAUCGGCUUGAAGUGUCUGGAACAUCUCUUCUUCUUCAAGUUGAUCGGAGACACGCCCAUCGACACUUUCCUAAUGGAAAUGCUGGAAGCGCCACACCAAAUGACAUAAGGGAAUGCUUUUUUUCUCCUGAAAGCUUUCCCAGAAGGCCUCUGUAGAGCCGCGGCCGAGGGUGUAGUUUUAUGUACAGAACACUAGAAGAGGCCAGCACAGCACACAUGUCGAAGGAGACUGCUUUGUCCAGACUGAUAAACAUCUCACGCUGCAGUCUAGGGGAGGAUUGAACUGCUAGUAACUCUACCUUUGGUGGAACAUCAAAAGCGUUGCAUAAUACACUAAACCCUUUCAUGACGGGAUACAGUACAAACCGGACGGAUCAAGAGUUUUUUUUCUUGGUUUGCAUGCAUUUUUUUGAAAACCUCAUCUAUGUUUUUUUUGCCUUACAGAGGUCUACCUCUGCUUUCCGUUGAGUGCAUACCGUACACAGCCAAACAGCCUCAUCUCCCAACAUUUUGCUGUGAAUUCUCAGUCAUUUCAAGUUCCUCAAUACCUCAGAUGCACUUCUUCAUGCAGCUGUCCUUAAAAAGACAUCACUGUCCAGGUGUGUGUGCCAUUGGAUUCAGUGUUAACAGCGCCGUCCUGUUGAUGUGAGAGCGGGACCGGAGCUGUUUUUUUCCAGGCACUUACAGAAAGUUUCUCAAGCGGUGUUGACACGUCAGAUUGAUGCGAGUCUGUCUUCGUGAGGAAGAAACUUCACGCUGUGCGGCUAUAGUCUAAGUCCUUUUCUUUUCGUAAGAGAUGUGAAUAACAGAGAAUGAAAAGCAGGUGUGCUCCUGGAUGAACUGGUUGUUGCGAUUGUGUAAAGAAGUAUUGAAGACUUUUCGAUUUUGCCGCUAUAAUUCAGCAUAAAUAUGUAUUAAGGAUUUCCAAAGAUUUUCAAUAAUGUUUGUAUAUCAUCUUUAUAAUUCCCAGCAAGUGGGGGUUUGUGAUUUGAAAAUAUGCAAGGAGUUAAAGGAAUCCAGAUGAUAGUCUGGCCUCAGGGAACAGCAGGGUUUGGGAAGUGCUAUGACUGCCCCCUAUUGGAUGUGUUGUGACGUUGCAGCUGCACUCACGUGUUAUAUGAAUGACAUGCUACAUGGACCGUUUUUGGGCUCGAUAUUUCAUACAAUGCAAAUAACCAUUCUUAGCCCUCAGGUUUAUACAAAUGCAAAAACAAAUGCAUUUGUUGUAUUUUGGGGUUCUGUUGUCCAGUAUCUUUCAUCUCGGUCAUAAAAAUAAUAAGGAUAAAGAUUUCACAAUGCCAUUGGUAUUGAUGCAUCAAACCUCAGUUGCAGAUUGAGCCAGUCUAUACCAGUUUUCAUACAGUGAAUUUAAAACAGCUAUUAUUGAAAUUUGAAAAAAGAAAUGCUGUGUAGUAGCAUUUAAGGACUUUAGCACAUUAUAGCAAUAGUCUAUACCUGAUCACAAACACCAGGCCUCACAGCAGAACGUCCACAGAUAUGACAAGACAGUCUACUAUGCAUAUUUUUAUUAAGACUGUCAAACAAUUAAUCUCAAUAAAAUAAAAGUUUGUAUACUUAAUAUAUGUCUGUGUACUUUGCAUAUUUUUUUUAAUUAAUAAACACAUGCACAUAUAUGCAUAUUUUAAAGAAAAUAAAAAAAACGAGUAAACCUUUAUAUACAAUCUAAAUUAUUGGUCAAUUUAAAUAAUGUAAAUAUUUCCUAAAUAUGUGUAUGUGUUUAUAAAUACAAAAUCAAUAUGUACAGUACACAGACAUAUAUUACGCAAACACAAACUUUUGUUCUGGAUGCGAUUAAUCAUGUGAGAGCCCUCAUUUUUAGGUAUGCAUUUAUACGCAAGCAUCUUAUAAUGUCUAUUGUAAUAGGCUACAGGAAUUAUCAGUUUGCCGGUGGUCAUGUGUUCUUAUGCUUCGACCAGGGAAAAACUUCAGUCAGCCAUUAGGGAAGAUCUUGGACUUUGCUAUGUUCUGUGUUUCAAAAAUUUUCAAUGAGCAUCAUUGACCCUUGGUUUCUUCAAAACCAGCAUGUUUAAAAUAUGCAGAACGCUCGUUGUAAAGCCCUCCUGGAUGGAUUUGGAGGACUGACUAUUUAAACAGGGUUAGGUGGAGCAUCCAAGAGCCAGACACAUCUCAUCUGACACCUGCUACAAUCCUGAUGUGUCUUUCAUCCGUCAUUUCCCCGUGACACACCAAUCCACCACAGGACUACAUGAUAUGAAAGAGAUGCAUUUUAAGAGAAUUAUCUAUUUUUGUACAAAGUGUAAUUUUAUCUUCAUAUCGCUAUUUCAUUGGUUCUUUGAAUUGUAUACAUUGUUGGUAUAAAUGUAUUUUUGUUCUAGGUAGGCAUGCCCUCAAACCUGAACUGAGAGAAUGGUUUACAUAGAAAGGCUUCUCUGUUCUUUUACCAUUUAUCUUUCAUGGUACCCUCAACUGAGAGCUUGUUCUUUUUGUACAGGAUACAUUGAGGGUGGGCUGUGUAUUGUCCCAUUAUAUAUGUCUAAGGACUAUUAAAUUUCAAAUUCCAAAAA